GACUCUCACCAAAACUGGGACUGCUAAAAAGACCAUCACUAGAAGAACUAGGACCUGGCCCGACCCUUACCCUGAAGCAAACAGAAAAACGUUGAUUUCUUUUUUGUCUGGAGAGUUCAAGAUUCACGGAGAGGGAAGGUGAAAGACAUGCUAUCCUUUAGGUUUUUGGCAGGCUCUCAUUUGCAUUCCAUUAACCUCAGCAGAACCUUGUCACUAAAUAUCAGUAAGAGCCUCAUCCCAUUCUCCCAACUAGGUUCUCUUCGCUUCUCUUCCACUUUCUCCUCCCGAAAUCGUUCCAAGAUUCUCUGUUGCGAUGCGAGCUUUGCACAACAACACUCUCAUUUCUCUACCUCCUCUGGUUCUCCCUUUUCAGGUCUAGAGGACGAUUUUGUGGGUUACGUAUUUGGAAAGAGGAAGGCGACAGAAGUGGCUCACUCGGUAUGGAAACAUGUUGUUCAAAAAGGUGAUACAGUUAUAGAUGCCACAUGUGGCAAUGGUUAUGAUACUUUAGCAAUGCUCCAAAUGGUAGCAGAUGAGUCAGGUAGAGCUCGUGUUUAUGGGAUGGACAUUCAGAGAAAUGCUUUGGAGAAUACUUCAUCUUUGCUGGAUGAAAAUGUCAAGCCAGAGGAGAAAAAACUUGUCAAGCUCUUUGAUGUCUGUCACAGUAGAAUGGAAGAAAUUAUUCCAGAAAAGACCUCUGUAAGGCUUGUUGCAUUCAACUUGGGUUACCUUCCAGGAGGUGACAAAACUAUAAUAACAAUUUCUACGACGACUUUGUUGGCACUGGAGGCUGCUGAGAGAAUACUAAUGCCAGGAGGACUCAUUAGCUUAGUAGUUUAUGUUGGGCAUUCUGGUGGAAGGGAGGAACUGGAAACUGUUGAGGCCUUUGCUUCUAAAUUAUCAGUUGAUGAUUGGAUCUGCUGCAAAUUCCAGAUGUUGAACCGCCCAUUAGCUCCUCUUCUCAUUUUCUUAUUCAAGAGAUAAGAACAUGAGUUUGAUGCAAGGUCUUGUUUAGAUCAAAUGAAGGGUUUAUUUAAUCUGUAAAAUUUAUUUGACAAAUGUAUAGAAUGUGUUGGGAAAAGUAUUUGAAACACUAACACUAGCAGUUGGAAUUUACAAUUUCAUCAUAUUUAAUUGUAUUGGAUUUGAUGGAAUUUGAAA